AUGGCUGGUGAAACUUUUGGUGAGGCUCAAGACGUUUUACAAGCAGCACCUUCAAGUGGAGUUUGGAGUGGUGGCGGUGCAUCUCGUCAAGUCACUCCUGUUGCUUCGGGUGAGACCAUCUCUUUUUCUGCUGGAACUCCUCCCCCGCCGUGUGGUGGGGAUGUCUCUCGUGAGUUAACUGAAGCUUGUGCUUCUGUGAAGCAGUCCCUUUCAAGCGGCGCUGCGCAUUCACCAACAGAAAUUGCUGGUGCCUCUCUCAAUGGUGGAGUAAACCCUGCAGCUUCCCAAAAUCGUAAUUCUGCUUCUGGCGCUAUGGUUUCUCAGGCCCAGCACGCCUCCAGUCUGCCUGCCUUUUCGCACCUUACUGGCGACGGUGCCGCUGUUGGCGCUGGUGUCCCGGGUGCGACUCCUGCGGGAUCACACACGGUCUCGCAGCUUCCGUUUGCCUGA